AGGGAGCAAAGCGAGGGCUGCUCUUGAGACCGCCGUUUCAUGCAAUUAUUGAACUUGUUAAGGAGUGGGUGUAAAACAAACAAUGAAGACUCAAAUACCAGAGCUACUCCGAACUAAAUAACAGACUUCUUAAAAUAAAACAAGGCUCCUGGUGUGGUGGUAACCCUCAGCUGAAAUAGGGCCUUUCUCAGGGCUGGAGGCAGCAAGCAGCAGCCGGGACCUGUCACAUUACUCUCAGCACCACAGUGCGACCAGGACACCUGAAUACAGACUGUGAGGGAGAGUAGCAGACUGCGAGUGAGAGUAGACCAAACACAGGGAAACAAGGACGCCUAUGCACCAGCAUAGCCCAACAUAGGACUUGGAAGACACUUUUUUUCCCCUUGAGACAGGAGUAUCACAGCUGUGUGUCGCCAGAGACUGUGGUUCAGAGGAUUCCAGCUGCUUUGACGAGGGACUUUUAAAAAAGAGAAAGCACAAUGGAUGCUCUGGUGGACUAUGAGUAUCCAGACCUGGAUCCCCUUCCAGCUAAAAAAGAAGCAGAGGUAAUCCCACCAUGUGAGCCCACUGCCGAUGACAUGCUCUAUCACAUAUGCAUCACUGCGAUAUCUCUGGUCGUCAUGCUGAUCCUCGCCAUCUUAGCCAGGCGGACAAAGGUCGCAAACAGACAGAAAGGAUUCUCAGGAUUACUCAGUCCUGUCAACUUCCUGGACCAUACGCAGCAUAAAGGCCUGGCAGUGGCUGUGUUCGGGGUGCUUUUGUGCAAACUGUGGGGCCUUCUCAUCUCCCCAAAUCCCCUCCCCUUCACGACAGACUCCACCAACAAACAGAACUGGGUGAUUCUGGGAGUUUUCUACUACCCCGCACUAUACUACCCUCUCCUGGCAUGUGGCACUUUACAUAAUAAAGUCGGCUAUGUACUUGGUAGCCUCCUGUCAUGGACACACUUUGGUGUUCUGGUCUGGCAGAAAAUAGACUGUCCUAGGACACCUCUGAUACACAAAUACUACUCCCUUUUCUCCAGCCUUCCACAAAUAGCUUGCUUAGCAUUCCUUAGUUUCCAGUAUCCCCUGCUUCUAUUCAAGGGCUUCAAGGGCACUGAAAAGACCAAUGCCACGGAGGAUCUCAGCAGCAGCUACUAUAGAGACUAUGUAAAGAAAAUAUUCAGUGAGAAGAGAACCAGCAAGAUCAGCAUUUCUGGCACAGACAAACCGAAACUCCCUCGAAGGAUAAUUGACGCUGUUAAAUCAUAUAUUUACACACCACAGGACGCUUUCCGUUUCCCGCUGAAGUUGGCGAUAUCUGCAGUAGUAUCAUUUAUAACCCUUUAUCAGAUGGGUCUUCUGUUGAUCUUGGCUGUGAUCCCUACCCUCCAGACCGCCCGGUACGGAGUGGAUGAAGAUAUUGCAAAUGUUUUAGCUGGUUUCCAGAUUAUUCUAUCUCCUGACAGACAUGAAGUUGUCAGAAUAGUGGUUUAUUACAUGUGGUGUCUGGAAGUAUGCUACAUCUCAGCGAUGACUCUUUCUCUUCUGGUCAACUUGGCAAUGCUCAUGCGCUCCAUGGUCCUUCAUCGGUCAAAUCUGAAGGGGCUGUACAGGGGAGACAUAUAUAAUGUGUACAACUGCCAGCGAAGUAUCAGGGCGUCCAGGCCGGCGCUGGUCUGCUGGAUGGGAUACACGAGCUUCACAGCAGCUCACAUCUGCUUUGGCAUGAUCAUCCAGACCAUGGUGUUCUUCCUCAGCCUCCUGGUUGCUGUCUUCCUCAUAAUAAUACCCACCCUGCACGGACAGAAUCUGUUCCUCUUUAAGGCCAUGUGGAGCAUGUGGCCCUUCUGGCUGAUGAUCCUCCUGGCUGUACUGAUUCAACAUAUCACCGCCAGAUUUUGCUUCAUCAAAAAAGCAGCAGGGACAAAAGACUUAAACAAUAGGGGUAAUCUUUUCCUGCUGACAUAUCUGCUGUUUCCGGUCAAUGUUCUGAUCGGAGUCCUGCUGGCCGUGUGGCGCCUGAUCAUCACAGCACUGUUCAACAUUGUCCACAUGGGACGCAUGGACAUCAGUCUACUUAACCGCGGUGUGGAGGCAUUCGACCCCGCCUACCGCUGCUAUGCUCAUUAUCUGAAGAUUGAGGUGAGCCAGUCCCACCCCGUGAUGAAGGCCUUCUGCGGGAUGCUGCUACAGUCUGUGGGCCAGGAGGGCAAAGCUGCACAGAGGUCACGAGAUGCUGAAGAGGGGAUCCAGCUGGUCCAGCAGGAGAAGAAACAGCACAAAGUGUCCAGUGCCAAGAGGGCCCGCAGGCACUGGCAGCUCCUCUACACCCUGGUCAACAACCCCUCCCUGGUGGGCACCAGGAAGCACUUCCAGCAUCAGAAUGCAGAGAGCUUUGUAAAUGGAAGCCUCAACCGCAGCACCAAGGAGGGGAGCGGUAAAGAGGAAGCGACCAAGGAUGCAGAAGCAGCCGCUGAAAACUGAACAACUGUGACCCUGAUAAUGUAUCAGUUGCCAUCUCUUUUGGUUUGGGUCAAAUGAUAUUGCCAUAGUCGUUGUCCAAACCUUUAGUAGAUAUGUCUGCAUUUGGCAAAACAAGUGCAUUAUAGCUCAGUGUCUCAUGUAGAGAUAUUCACCAAGUCUUUCCUAUUUAUUUGGAGACCGUGAGUUUUUUUUUUUUGUUUUUUUUUUGCUCUUUGUGUUCUGGUGUCUGUGAGGGCAUCAGUCUGAUGGAAAAGCUAAGAUGGCACUAAAUCAUUUAAACAAAUAAAUAUAGUUUAACACAUUUGUGUGCCUAUUUUGGGAUACACCUGUUUGCACUGGUUAUUAGCCUCUGGGUUAAUCAAAUGUUUUCCUGCAGAGACCCAUCAAAUUUUGAGUCGCCCAUAUUAAACACAGGGAUGUACAGUUCAGCAUCCCUCUGAAGAUGGUGUUAUUUUUAGAGAGCUAUUUAUGAAUGUAAGAGUUUCAACAGGCAGAUCUUUCAUUGAAGCUUUUUGCUUCUUGAAUUUUAUUUUUCCUGUGGAAUAGGAGAAACUCUAGAUAUUACAUUUUGUCUUCUCUAAUUCCUUUAAGUCUAAAACCAUUUGCUGCUACCAGCUUUUUCUAUUGUUGUUGAAGCUCACUUCUGUUCAGGCAUAUUUCAUUGUUUGUUACCACAUUUAAAAUUUGAAGGGCUGUAAUGCAAAAUGAUAUAUGAAAAAACAAAUCUCAAAUCUCUUUUUUCCCUUCUGCUUACUGUGAAAAUAAAAACACUAAAACCCUU